AUGACUUUUUAUGAUAUUCAUUGCCUUCUUAUCAUGUCAACGUUGUCACCAGAAGAAGUAAGUUUUUAUGAUAGCUGUCAUGAAACCGAAGUCCAAGAAACUGCAGCAUUGAAAACAGCCCGAAAACGGAAAUUGAAACCUUCAAAGGCAGCAAAUCAAUCUAAAAGUCUUAAACAGGAUUUGAAGCAAAAGUGCAUUGCCGAAGAAUCGACGAUAAGCAAUAGUUCAUCGUUAUUUCAAUUUGAAAGUUGCAGAGAUAAACGAAGUUUUCCUUCUUCUCUUGGUAUUCCUCGAAAUAAUGAUCGGCCGGCUAAUGCGAAAUCAGUCUCCUAUAGAAGCAUGCUGCAACCUGUAUCUAUGGAGGUAGAAAUAUCGCAGAUUACACACAAUAAAACAGAUUCCAGCGUAACAGUACGUGAAACAGAUGUACCCAAGUUCGUGGGAUCUUCAACCUCUGACGACGAGGAUUGCAUUCCAGAAUCUCCAAAGCGACAAGAAAGGGCAGAUCUGCGCACUAUAUUUUCCCGAUGUUUUCAUUCAACUUAUGUACCAUUGGAACCUUCAGCGAGCAGCCAAAUAUAUGCUACCGCUUCGGAUACGGAAGAUUGAAAAACAAACAUUUUUAAAUUAAUUUCUUUAUGGAGUUUUAUUCUUCUAUAUAAAAUUACAGGUUAAUAGUUGGUAAAAAGUUCGUGGUGAAGACAUUACUGUUUUUUUUCAUGCAGCUGCUUUAUAUUCAUUUUUGAAUCUUUUAACGAACAUAAAACUGAUUGCAUAGUA